GGCGACGCACGGCUGCGUCGGCCAUGCGCUUGAGCUUCCGUCGCCUCUCGUCAGUCAUGGGGAUUCCAGAACAGCUGGCGCAAGUGCAGGAGAAGGUGCACGCGGCGGCCGCCUCCCGUGCCAGCUUGUUGAAGCUGGAGCCGCUGGUGCCGCGACUGGUGGCAGUCAGCAAGACCAAACCCGUGGAGGACUUGAAGGCCGCUUACGAUGCUGGACAUCGACAUUUUGGGGAAAACUAUGUGCAAGAGCUGAUCGAAAAAAGCCCACUGAUGCCGGCAGAUGUACAGUGGCAUUUCAUUGGCCAUUUGCAGAGCAAUAAAGUUGGCAUGUUGGUGAAAGGCUGCCCGGGGCUGGCGUGCUUAGAGACCAUUGACAGCGAAAAACUUGCGCGCGCGCUGGACAAAGCCUGGCGCUCGGCGUAUCCCGAGCGGCCGCUGGGGGUCAUGGUACAGGUGAACUCUAGUGGCGAAGAAACGAAGAAUGGCGUGGAGCCAGCGGAAGUGGCAAAUCUGUGCAAGGUCAUUGCCACAGAAUGCGAAGGCUUGAGAUUAGUGGGUCUGAUGACCAUUGGCGCCCCUGACUACAGUGGCUGCCGAACAGAGGACUUUGAGACGUUGAAGAAAUGCCGGGAGGAGGCCGCCGCCUGCUGUGGGCUGGAGCUGGAAUCCUUGGAGCUCUCCAUGGGGAUGAGCGCGGACUACGAGAACGCCAUCCGCGAAGGCUCCACCUCCGUGCGCGUGGGCUCCUCCAUUUUUGGUGCACGGCACUACCCUGCCAAGUCCUGACGGGGCUCAUGUUGCUUAAGGAACAUAUAU